UAUAAAAAACCGUGGUGACACCUCGAAAGCAUCACAACCACUUCCGGCCUUCCAACAGCAACAGUUCACCUUCUAGCCACAAUAUGUCAUCCAAAUACACCCUGAUCCUUGCCCUGGCGGCCCUCUGCUGCCUGGUGGUCUCCACCGAGGCGGCGGCUCAACGCAGCCGAGUUCUCAGCUCUCGCGGUGGCUCCCAGCUGAUCGAGAAGUCCGUGGACAACAAGGUAGACGCCGAGCUGGCAGAGGAUGAGGAGAAUGACCAGGUGGAAGGACGCAGCGAUAACAAGGAGGUGGCCAUCGAAAAUAAACAGGACUCGGAAACCUCCGCCAACGAGAAGGACACCAUCGUGAGGGCCAACAAGGAUGAUGCCCGUGCCCGCCGCAUCGUUCGUGCCGGUCGUCGUCGUGGUGGACGCCGAGGAGGUCGUCGUGGUGCUCGCCGAUCCGUGCGCCGUGGAGUACGCCGAAGUGGACGCAGGCGCGGUGGACGACGUGGUCGUGCCGGUGUUCGCCGUCGCAUCUCCGUCAAGAGGCGUACCGGUUAGGGCAACAGGCCUAUGAAAUUUCCCCUACAGAUAUAAGACUAACUGGCCGAUCCACCGAUUCGAUACACACACAAAAAUAAAUUACGAUUUUAACUAAA